AUAGUGUUUUGAAGUGACAUAAAAGCCAAGCAAUCAGUGAUUCAUUCAUUUGAGUCAACAAUUGAGUUGUGAAUACAUUUGUCACUCAUUUGUUGUUUAGUAUUAUCGACACAAACACUGAUUUAGUGGUCAAUCAGUCCAUAAGAGUCAUACAAAUGGAGAAGCAUUUAUUUAAUCUGAAAUUCGCGGCCAAAGAGUUGGACCGGAAUUCGCGUAAAUCGGAAAAGGAUGAGAAGACGGAGAAACUGAAGUGCAAGAAAGCCAUUCAGAAGGGCAACAUAGAAGGCGCGCGAAUCCACGCCGAGAACGCCAUCCGCCAGAAGAAUCAGGCACUCAAUUAUCUCCGGAUGUCCGCCCGUAUAGACGCCGUCGCCUCACGAGUACAGACCGCCAUCACCACCAAACGGGUCACGCAAUCGCUGGGCGGUGUGGUUAAGGCCAUGGACUCUGCCAUGAAGUCCAUGAACUUGGAGAAGAUAUCGCAGAUAAUGGAUAAGUUUGAGAAGCAGUUCGAGGACCUGGAUGUCCAGACGCAGACCAUGGAGAGCGCCAUGUCGUCCACCACUACCAUCACUGCCCCCGAGAAUCAAGUGGACUCUCUUAUGCAACAGGUGGCCGACGAGGCCGGUCUUGAGCUGAAUAUGGAGUUACCGGCGGGUGAGACGGGUUCAGUGGGAACGGCUACCGCCGCCUCCACAGAACAGGACGAUCUCUCCAAACGGUUGGCCCAAUUGAGACAAAUGUGAAGUACUGCUUAAACUAAUUGAUAGCCAUUUGUACUUCUUUUUCCACAAACAACUAAUGUAUUAUAAAAUUUAUUUAAUUUCCUAUUCAAUGAUUAAUUGAUACAAACAUUUAAGUUCUUUUCAAAACAACACUUAAAGUUAUUUUUAUUCACAUUUUUAAUAAACAUUACCGUAUAAAUUUAUAUUUAAAUUAUAAAUAAUUGCAA